AAAUAUAGGGCACUGAAAUGAACUAUAACGCUUCAGCAGGAGCAAGACAUCGUAAGUGUAGGUGGUCUCACUUAAAUCAGAUGUGGUGAACAACUGGUUAAUCAAAUCUGUCGUUCGCUAGAAGCAUUUUGGGUAGAUUUGCACGAAAAGUAUCUGCACAGUAGUCAGCAAAGUAAAAUGUAUAGUACAGAAAUUAAGUGUUGACUGCAACGUGCAUUGUAGUUUUGGAGGUUAAUUGUAGUGCUCUUUUGCCACUAGAAUCUUGUUAAACUGCAGUUGGACUAUUUGACAACUUUUUGGUUUUCUGUAGUUAAGGUGGCGUUGACAGUUGAUAGUAGUUUGUGAUCACCACACCUAGUUUAUUUGUGACCAAAACAGUUAGUGUAGAACUAUUGUUUUUGGGUGCUUACAGCAAAUGUGCAGCUUACACUUAGAUUUUUGCAUUGUCAUAGUGAUUUGUUUUCAUAUCAUUUACCACUGAAAAAAGUUUGUUUGUAGUUAUGCAACAUCGUGCACCUGCAAGCAGGAAAAAGCACUAUGUUAGUGACAGUUCUGUUACUAGCUCACCUGCACCAAACUAUCCACCACCAUACAAUCCGUAUGCUGCAAGUCCUCAAGGGCCAGUCCUGCAACCUGGUGUCAGUCCGUACAUUGACACAAGAGCUUCCCCUCCACCAUAUGGGGCACCACCAGGUUACAGUCAGCGGCCCAGUUAUUCACCAAUGGAUGUGGAUCAAGGGUACUCUAUACCUAGCCAGUUUCUUAAUGAACCACUGGUUGCAAAUGUUGCUAUGCAAUAUGGGCAGGCAUUGGUUGGAUCAGGAAAGCAAAUUGUUGAUAGAGAGCUGGAGAAAUAUGUGCCUGUUACAAGACUGAAGUAUUAUUUCGCUGUAGACACAGCUUAUGUAACAAAGAAGCUUGGAUUGCUGUUAUUCCCCUUCUCACAUGGGGACUGGUCUAUAAAAUACGAGCAUGAAGAACCAGUUGCACCAAGGUAUGAAGUUAAUGCUCCAGAUUUGUACAUACCAACUAUGGCAUACUUGACAUAUGUUGUUGUUGCUGGUUUGAUGCUGGGCACACAGAACAGGUUCAGUCCAGAAAUGAUUGGUAUUCAUGCAAGCUCUGCAUUGGCGUGGUUAGUUGUCGAGAUUGUAAUUGAGAUGAUAACACUUUAUGUAACCAGCAUACAAACAAAACUCAAAACUUUAGACCUGGUUGCAUUUGGAGGGUACAAGUAUGUUGGGAUGAUUUUUGCAAUGCUCCUCAGUUUGGUAUUUCAGAAAACUGGUUAUUAUGCUGGACUGCUAUAUUUUGGCUUAUCAUUGGCAUUUUUCUUGGUCCGUACUUUAAAGGUUCAAGUGCUACCUGAAGUAAAUGGACCUCAGCAUGAUCCAUACAGGACCACAACAGGAAACAAACGAAGAAUAUAUUUUUUGUUAUUUAUGGCUGGUAUUCAGCCCGUAUUAAUGUGGUGGCUUUCUCAUCAUCUUGUUGCACCGCCUGCUCCCAAACUGUAACAGUCAUCUUUUUGUUAAGAAACAGCACUUCCAAGUAUUGUGUUUCUUGAUAAAUAACUAUGGCAGCAGGGGAAGGAAACAUAUUUAUCAUGUGAUGGCAAAGAAAGUGGGAAAAAUGAGUUGAAGGCAUGGCUGUGAUACUGAUAACAGAGUUGUGAGAAGCAGCAGCUUGUGCAGUUCACUGUUAAUGAGCAACUUGGGUUUCCAGUAAAACGUGUGCAAGUUGACAUUCAUUAAAUUUUGCUACAGUAUAUUACUAAGGUUUUGAUUACAGUGAUAAAAGAGAGUUAAUAUUCAGAUAAAACAAACAAAAUAACUAAAAGGGUGCUCAAAGAAAAUAUUAUUUAUGAAUUGGAGAAUACUGUCCUUGGUAUCUUCCUCUUGUGUAUAGGAGCACCAUUUGGAUUUUCUAGAGACAAUGUACAUUUGGCAGCUUUUAUUUCAUCUAAUCUAGUGUUUAUAAAAUUUCUCAUUAUGUGCUGAAAGCAGCCCAUUUCACAGCAGUAAAUAACUGAAUAAAAAUGUACUUAGCCCUAAAAAUGCAUGUCAGAGUACCUAUUUUUGAAUACAGUUUUUAUGUAACUAAGAACACUUGAGCUAAAUACAUGUAUAUGUGUUACUGCAAAGCAAUAACUUAUUAUGAUUGUCUUGUUAACAGGGGGCAGAUAAUUUGAGGAUAAAACAUUUUUUUAAAAAGAUUCAUUAUGCAACGCAGUUUAAGUGACUAAUUUUAACAGUGUCUGCAGUUGCUAUCAGCUAAAAUUUUGUACUUGUUAGGUCAGUUAUGUGAAAAAUUAUUUUUGUAUGCCAUUUAGUGUGGUUACUUACAAACAUAAUGAGAAAGAACACUUCUUGUCCAACAAUUAUGUUUAUCUGAGUUCAGUUUCAAUAAAAGCAGGUACGUUUUCCAUUUUGAAUAAAAACUAAAGAUAGAAACCAA